UCGCAACUACUAUGGCGCAAACAUAAUUGGGCAAUGCGUCCUUGAAUCCUGUCGGAAGGGUGUGAAAACCAAAGGGAAAAAAAGGCGAAGAAAAUUGCAAGGACAAACCGCUGGCUUCCCAAAAAAACUUAGAAAAGAAAGGGAAAGGCAAAAAGGCAGAAAAAAGAAGGAAGAAAGAGAAGGGAAAUCGUCAUCGGUCUAUCCAAUUGUGACCUCCUGUGAAGACUUGCCUCUGUUCUCCUUACACUUCUUCCAAUUUUUUCAAUUCAAUCUGAACCAGAGGCCACAAAUGUUCCCUAUCCAUUCCUCUGUUUCUUCGUUCUUGACUUAUUAGAUUCCAAAACCUUUGAUUGAAUUGCUCUCAUGGAGGAGCGCUGAAUCCAUGGCCAAGCCCACCAACGCCCUCCUCUGUUGGGCCCUCGUGUUCGUGCUAUUCCUCCGCCAUUUAGUUGCAGAGGAGGAGCAACCCAGCAUCGAUGAACUCCUCCAACGCUACGCCUUCCGAGCCUUUGGCCGACACCCCAAGACGGCUUUGAUCCACCCGGUGCCUCUCCCUGCAAACAUGUCGGGCAUAGACGCUUCUGCUGUGCGCUUCCGUAGUGGGAGCCUGCGCCGCUACGGUGCCAAUCUUUCUGAAUUCUCAAUCCGCCGUGGUGGUGUUAUCCGACCCUAUGUGCGCCGCAUCGUCCUUGUCCGCCAAAACCUGGGCGACCGCUCCCCGCAAUUCUUCAACCUCACUGGGUUCACUCUGGUUAGCCCCAUUGUUGGCCUCUUAGUCUACGACGCGUCCGAUCUCAAUGCCACCAAUCCAAGAGCGCUCGAGCUGGAAGCCACCGGGGAGCCGAUCUCUGUGACCUUUGGUGGAGAAGCCGAAGCUGCUAUGUGUGUGUUUUUUGACUCUCAAGGAGUGAUGAGGUUCUUGAACAGGAGCCGGGGAGGCGAGUGCCUCACAUUGAGGGAAGGGCAUGUUGGGCUUGUUGUCAUGGCACCGCCAUCGCCGAGCAGGGGACGAGGGUGGUCGAGCACUUGGAAGGUGGUGGUUGGGUCAAGCGUGGGGGGGUUGUUGGGGACCGUCCUUCUGGGGUUUCUUCUGGUUGCGCUCCUGAAAUUCAAGAAGCGGUCGAUGAUCGCAGAGAUGGAGAGGCGGGCAUACGAAGAGGAGGCACUCAAUGUGUCAAUGGUGGGGCAUCUGCGCGCACCCACCGCAACGGUUACUCGCACAAUGCCCACCAUUGAGAAUGACUAUGUCCCUCAGAAUUGAGGAACAGCACUGGAACUGCAUUUCCCGUGACACUCGGAAGGAAGAACAAGAAUCCGAUGCAUAAAACUCACCCAUCCACAUGCACAGAUUGAUUGCUCCUCGUUGUUUGCACAGAUUGAUUGUUUAAAUUGUAGAUGUUUUUCCCAUUCUUUCUUUGGGGCUUUUGAAAGGAUUUUGGGGCAAUUCUCUUUGGCUGAGAUUUAAUUUAUUAUAGUGCAAAGGAAAAUUUUUGGUCCUUCUAAUCGAUUGGUUGCUUGCUAACAGUUGCUCUGUUUCUGCAAUAGCUUUCAGAAAUCACAGAUGUGGCGUUGAGAACUGACCCCAAGUAAGCUUGGUCAUGGGUUUCGAUAGAGUUGCAGUAAAAGUCGACCUUUUUGUAGCUGUGACGGCUUUUAGCC